UUAAUUAAAGUAAUCGAUAUUAUUAUAUAUAUCAGCAGCUUUCUGGAAAAUGGAGAAGAAAUCCCACGAUGGUGUUGUCGUUAACGGCGGAAAUGACGGCGUGGUGGGGUUAAAUGCCAAGAUGAACAAGCUCAUUAUCGAUACCGAUCCCGGGAUUGAUGACAGCAUGGCAAUCUUAAUGGCAUUCCAGAAUCCAGAGGUGGAGAUCUUGGGAUUGACGACUGUAUUCGGUAAUGUUUCGACUGAAAAUGCCACUCGUAAUGCCUUACUCCUUUGUGAGAUCGCAGGGUGUCCAGGUGUUCCUGUAGCUGAAGGCAGCCCUGGUCCUCUUAAGGGUGGGAGGCCACGUGUUGCUGACUUUGUUCACGGCUCUGAUGGAAUGGGGAAUAUAUUUCUGCCUCCUCCAAAUGCAAAGAAAUCUGAUAAGAGUGCCUCUGAAUUUUUAGUUGAAAAGGUAACUGAGUACCCUGAUGAAGUAUCCGUGCUUGCACUUGGACCAUUGACAAAUGUGGCACUAGCGAUCAAAAGAGACUCUUCCUUUGCUAGCAAGGUGAAAAAUAUAGUUGUACUUGGUGGCUCAUUCUUUGCAUUAGGAAACGUGAAUCCUGCUGCUGAAGCAAAUAUUUACGGAGAUCCUGAAGCGGCUGAUGUUGUGUUUACUUCGGGAGCAAAUAUUGUUGUUGUCGGGAUAAAUAUUACGACCCAAGUCCAAAUGACAGAUGAUGACCUCCUUAAAUUGAAGCAAUCAAAUGGAAAGUAUGCUCAGCUCCUAAGUGACAUGUGCAAAUUCUACAGAGAUUGGCAUGUGAAGUCCGACGGUGUAUACGGGAUAUUCCUCCAUGACCCGGUCAGUUUUGUGGCUCUAGUUCGGCCGGAUCUCUUCACAUACAAGAAGGGGGUUGUGAGGGUUGAGACGCAGGGCAUAUGCAUGGGGCAUACGUUGUUGGAUCAAGGAUUAAAAAAAUGGAAUGGAAGCAACCCAUGGACAGGCUAUUUCCCGGUUUCCGUUGCUUGGACGGUCAGUGUGGAUGAAGUCCUUAGCUAUAUUAAAACAAUGUUGACGAAACCAUAAGAGCUGGAAAUACAA